GAAUUGGCCUUCUCCUCUGCGAGUGUGUGUGAAGGAGAAGAUGGAUAGAGGGGAUGAGAAGCCAACUCUGAGGUCUCCUCUGAUCCAAAGCUGUGGAGAAGAUGGUGGAGAGAGAAGCAAAGGGAAGGUUUUUCAGAGAGAUAAGGUAGUAGAAGAAGUGAAGAAGCAGCUGUGGUUGGCAGGACCUUUGAUAUCUGUCAGCCUUUUGCAGUAUUGUUUGCAGCUGAUAUCUGUGAUGUUUGUGGGUCAUCUGGGUGAGUUAGCUCUCUCUGGUGCUUCAAUGGCUACUUCCUUUGCUUCUGUCACUGGGUCCAGCUUGUUGGUGAGUUGGGUUUCUUUUCUCUCGCUUGUUUUCUCUGUAAUAUAGAAAUCUAUGAGCGUGGAGGGUGGAUAUACAUCUCGAACUUGGUGGGACUGUUGUGCUAUUCAAUUUAUGUGAUUUGCCUUUCGUUUAGGGAAUGUUGUAUAGUUUUGAGUAAUGGGUAUAAUGAUUUCUUGUCUGUGUUUUGUGCACAGGACGAGUGGUAAACUUGGUUACUUCAGUAAGGACAGAUGGGGAUGGCAAGUGCAUUGGAUACCUUAUGUGGGCAGUCCUAUGGAGCAAAGCAGUAUCAUAUGCUCAGUAUACACAUGCAGAGGGCCAUGCUUAUUCUUCUAAUUGUUAGCAUACCUCUUGCUACCAUUUGGGCAUAUACAGGAACCAUUCUAAUGGCCGUGGGCCAAGAUCCUGAGAUAUCACAAGAAGCCGAACUUUAUGCCCGUUUCAUGAUCCCGAGCCUCUUUGCCUAUGGCCUCCUUCAGUGCCUUGUCAGAUUCUUGCAAACCCAAAACAUAGUCUUCCCAAUGAUGCUAAGCUCUGGAAUCACAACCUUACUGCAUGUUCUGGUGUGCUGGUUUCUGGUUUUCAAAUCUGGCCUUGGAAGUAAAGGGGCUGCUUUGGCAAAUAGCAUCUCCUGUUGGAUCAAUGUUUUAUUGUUGGCACUAUAUGUUAAAUUCUCUUCUUCUUGCUCGAAAACUAGGACUGGAUUUUCAAAGGAGGCCCUGCAUAAUAUCCCGAGUUUUCUUAGACUUGCUAUUCCUUCUGCUGUUAUGGUCUGCUUGGAAAUGUGGUCAUUUGAGCUGAUGGUUCUUCUAUCUGGUCUCCUUCCUAAUCCAAAGUUACAGACUUCAGUGCUUUCGAUCUGCCUUAAUACUGCUGCAACAGUUUGGAUGAUCCCCUUUGGACUCAGUGGAGCUGUGAGCACAAGGGUCUCAAAUGAACUUGGGGCAGGGCAUCCACAAGCUGCACGUUUAGCAGUAUUUGUCGUCUUAGUCAUGGCCAUAGCUGAAGGCACUCUCCUUGGACUACUUCUGAUAUUGAUAAGGAACAUCUGGGGCUAUGCCUACAGCAAUGAAAUAGAAGUGGUCAAAUAUGUAGCAGCCAUGAUGCCAAUUGUUGCAUUAUCCAACUUCCUAGAUGGAAUGCAGUGUGUCCUUUCAGGCACUGCUAGAGGAUGCGGUUGGCAGAAGAUUGGUGCCUUUGUCAAUCUAGGAUCAUAUUAUCUUGUGGGAAUUCCGUGUGCUAUUUUAUUAGCUUUUGUCUUCCACAUUGGAGGCAGGGGCCUCUGGUUGGGGAUUAUAUGUGCGCUCAUUGUUCAAGUUUUGUCCCUUCUUAUCGUAACUCUACGCACUAACUGGGAGGAUGAAGCAAAGAAGGCUACAGAUAGAGUCUAUGAUGCUAUAAUCCCUAUUGAGACAGGGUCAUUGAGCUGAAGUAUAGAUUACAGAAGAGAAACCUUCUGAGUAAAGGCAGAAGAACGGUGCACUAAAAACUUGACAAAGUUUUGGUUCCUAACUCUCGGAAAGUCGAUCUGCUUACAAGUAGAACAAGUUAUGCAGUCCUCUCCAUUCAUCAUUGCAUUGGGUGCUGGGUGAAAGAUUCAAGGGGGUUCCUUGCUUUGUUACAAUGCCAUUCUGAAGUUAAUUCUCAGGGUUUUGAUGUAUCUGGUAUUUCUAGGUGUGGGUUUAUUACAAAUAAAGUGAGAAAAUAUUCUGGUUGUUCUGUACCAGACAACUGGAGCUUUUUAGCUCUCCAGGUUAAGGACAAAUUAAACUGAAUCCUGUUUAGCUCAAUAAUUCAACCUGUUCUUUGUCCCUCA